AUGAAACCAGAGGCGGGUAUUGAGUGGAAUGAUGGGGAUAAAACAAUGGCGGAGGCGGUUUUAGGAAUUAAGGCUUUUGAUUACUUAAUGUCGAGUUCGGUUCCGGCUGAAAGUUCAUUAAUAGCAAUGGGAAACGAUGAGAAUUUGCACAAUAAGCUUUCAGAUCUUGUGGAAAGCCCAAAUACAGCCAAUUUUAGUUGGAAUUAUGCCAUUUUUUGGCAAAUUUCGCGGUCCAAGUUGAGCGGUGAUUUGGUCCUGGGGUGGGGGGACGGGUGCUGCCGGGAGCCUUGCGAAGGCGAGGAGUCGGAAGGUACUAGAAUGCAAAAUAUGACACCCGAGGACGAGACACAACAGAGGACGAGGAAAAGCGUGCUUCAGAAGUUGCACACAAUUUUUGGGGGAACAGAUGAGGAUAGUUAUGCUUUUGGAUUAGACAAGGUUACAGAUACAGAGAUGUUCUUCCUCGCCUCGAUGUACUUUUCCUUCCCCAGGGGAGAAUGUGGUCCUGGGAAGUGUUUUGCAUCCGGGAAGCAUGUUUGGUUAUCGGACGCAUUAAAUUCAUCUCAGGAUUAUUGUGUUAGAUCAUUCCUUUCAAGGUCGGCUCAUAUGCAGACAAUUGUGCUGAUUCCGACUGAUGUUGGAGUUGUGGAGUUGGGAUCAGUUAGAUCCAUACCGGAGAACUUGAGGCUCUUGCAAGAGAUAGGAUCCUCUUUUUCAUCAUUUUCAGCACUUAGCAGGGCCAAGCGAAUUGAGAGAUCGACGAUUCCAAUGGAUGAAAGGAAUGAAAAUGGUCCUAAUUCUGAAUUGGUAAUCCGCAACUGGCCGGAAGUAAUUCCCAAGAUAUUUGGGCUGGAUUUGAAUUCAAAUGGUGCCGGAUUAACGGAAAAACUAGCAGUUCAGAAAGUAGAGGACAGACCGUGUCACAAGUAUGCAAAUCGAAGCAGGUUCCCGUUCGCAAGGGAUGGGCUUCAGAGGGCAACAUGGAUGCAAAACAGCAAUGUAAAUCCAGGACACUUAUUAGAAAUUUCAACUCCUCAGAACACAACCAAAAAUCUAAACCAGAUUGUCAAUGAGUCAGGGGAAGAAUUUCAGCUCAACAAUUUUCAGAAUCAGAAGUCAGAACAAAUGCAGAUUGAUUUUACUGGAGUGACCUCAAGGCCUAUAAUUUCCAGUCCACUUAACGCUGAGUCUGAGCAUUCAGAUGGUGAGACUUCUUGCAAAGAGGACCGUGCAGGACUUUCUGACAACAAGAGGCCUCGAAAGCGUGGACGGAAGCCCGCCCAUGGAAGAGAAGAGCCUCUUAAUCAUGUAGAGGCAGAAAGGCAGCGAAGAGAGAAGCUGAACCGUCAGUUCUGUGCAUUACGAGCAGUUGUUCCAAAUAUUUCCAAGAUGGACAAAGCCUCACUUUUGGGAGAUGCAAUCACUCACAUAACCAAGCUUCAAAAGAAACUGAAGGAAAUGGAGUCAGACGUAAAAAAACUUGAAACCAUUUCAAGAAAGGCAUCGAUUUUAGAAACUAAACCAAAUUCAAAAUUACAAGAUCAAGUUCCUAGAAUCGAAGUCCAAUCUGUCCAUGACCAAGUCAUUGUGAGGGUACUCUCUCCGUUGGAUGCCCAUCCUGUAUCAAGGGUCAUCCAAGCAUUCCAAGAUGCACAAGUAACUAUUCUAGACUCAAAUAUCUCCACAGGGACUGAUGUAGUGUUUCACACAUUUGUUGUGAAGUCGCAAGGGUCCGAUCAACUAACUAUGGAAAAGUUGAUGCAACUAUUUUCCCGCAAGCCUAACUCCUUAGAGCUUCCUAUAUCAUCGGUUGAUUGA